AUGCACUACCUGUCUUUGCCCUGGAAACUUCUUACUGCAGCAUGUCCACCAACAGACUAUUGGAGCGGCUGGGCAUGCUUCGUUUUCUCCAUCCUGUUGAUCGGCCUGCUAACAGCGCUAAUAGGCGACAUAGCGAACCAUUUCGGUUGUGCGACCGGUCUCCUGGAUAGCGUCACCGCGAUCAGCUUCCUCGCUGUUGGAACAAGUGUUCCAGACACACUCGCCAGCCGCAUUUCAGCCGUACAAGACACGUAUGCCGAUUCGAGCAUAAGCAACGUGACGGGCAGCAAUUCAGUGAACGUCUUUUUGGGCAUAGGACUGGCGUGGUUGGUGGCCGCAGUCUACCAUGCCGUCCAUCAUACGUCAUUUUACGUACAACCGGGUUCUUUAGCAUUUUCGGUAACCAUCUUUUCCGUUGAAGCAUUUGUCUGCAUCGCCAUCCUGCUGUUGCGAAGGUUUUACAAGCCUAUAGGGGGAGAACUCGGGGGACCGCUGAAGUACAAGAUCCCUAGUGUUGCCAUAUUCGUCUCUUUGUGGUGUAUCCACCCUGCCUGA